AUGGCCCCUUCUGCUAUAAGCCCUACCUCUACAACCCACGAGGUGAACGGUGGACAAGAAAAAGGCACCGCAACUCAUCUGGCGGAAACUUACAUCUCAUCGACCCCUCUCAGCAAUGGCCACACUCAAAGUGAGCCCCUCGCUCCCGUCUCAGCACUUGCCAACUCCUCCCCAGACACCACCCUCGAUCUCCUCUGUGUGGGUUUCGGUCCCGCGUCUUUAGCCAUCGCCAUCGCUCUGCACGACGCCUCGCCAUCUCCCUCUCCAAACGUCCUGUUCCUCGAGAAGCAGCCCCAGUUCGCAUGGCAUGCUGGUAUGCAACUCCCUGGAGCGAAGAUGCAGAUCUCAUUCCUGAAGGAUCUUGCUACUCCAAGAGAUCCCAGGUCGCAUUUUACGUUCGUGAACUACCUGUUUCAGAAAGGGAGGCUGAACAACUUUAUCAAUCUGAGCACGUUUUUGCCGAGCCGGAUGGAGUACGAGGAUUAUCUCCGUUGGUGUGCUUCUCAUUUUGAGAAAGAGGGGAAAGUUGGGUAUGGAAUGGAAGUCGAGGGCGUGAGAGUUGGAGAAAGGGGAGCGGAUGGCAAAGUCACAAGUUGGGAAGUCACUGCUCGGUCGUUGAAUGGAGAUCUAGUGAGAAGGAAGGCAAAACACGUCGUUAUUGCGGUUGGGGGACGACCAGUCAUUCCUCAAAACCUGCAAGGCUUGAAACACGUUGCCCACUCAUCUCAAUUCGCCUCGGCAAUCACUCAAAUCCAGGAGCGGGAAAAGGGACGUCAGCUACGCUUUGCCGUUUUGGGCAGUGGGCAAUCCGCUGCAGAGAUUUUCAACGACAUCUCCUCGCGGUUCCCAGACGCACAGGUAAAGCUCAUUAUCAAAGGCGCUAGCUUACGUCCCAGCGACGACAGUCCGUUCGUAAAUGAGAUCUUCGACCCGGACCGCGUUGACGGCAUCUACAACCAAGCGCCCGACGUACGAACUACCGCUCUUGCAUUAGACCGCGGUACCAACUACGGCGUGGUGCGUCUGCAGCUACUCGAACAUCUAUACGAAAAGCUGUACAUGCAGCGCUUACACUCGUCCGAUGAAGCAUCGUGGCGCUGCAAGAUCAUCCCCCAACGCACUGUUAUCUCGGCCUCGCAAUCCGCCAACUCAUCUGUCCUCCUAAAGCUAGGUGCCGUAGGCUACGGAGAUAGCGACCAGAAGCUAGAAGAGCUAGAAGUUGAUUAUGUGUUCGCCGCCACGGGAUACAGACGGAAUGCCCACGAGGAUAUGCUGGCCGAGGUGCGGGACUUGCUCCCGGAGAAGAAUAGAAUCGAGAACAAGUUUCCCGUGGCAAGAGAUUAUCGCGUCUGUUAUGAUGGCGAGAAAGUUGAUGGUGAAGCCGGUGUUUGGCUGCAGGGAUGUAAUGAGGGGACGCAUGGUCUGAGCGAUACCCUCCUCUCUAUCCUCGCGAUCCGCGGAGGGGAGCUCGUAAAUAGUAUUUUCGGUUCUUUCUCUUCCUCUUCCGUGGCAUGA